UUCUCAUCCGGGUCAGAUUGAGCUGCUUGCUGUCCGUGACUAGUGUAGGUGCCGCGCUGUUCGCGUUUUCUCCUCCUGGUGAGACCGAUCCGCAGUGUUCACAGGCGAGGAGCUAUCUCUGUCCUAAGCUAAGAAAGACGAGGCGGAGACGUGCGAACGGGCAGCGGCUGGGCCGCGCCGGUGCGGGCUGGCGACUGUGUCCCUCCGCUUGCUGCUGUCUUUGGGAACUGGGUGCCAGCGCUGAGGGGCCUCCAGCGGACAGCGACCCCCUUCCCCGGCCCCCCAGCCCACCCUGCCGGGGAGGGCGGAAGAUGCCAGUGAAGAAGAAGAGAAAAUCCUCUGCGGUGGCAACGGCAGUAGCGGAAGACGGAGGCCUCAAAAAGUGUAAAAUCUCCAGCUAUUGCAGAUCCCAACCCCCUGCUAGACUAAUAAGUGGAGAGGAACAUUUUUCAAGCAAGAAGUGCCUGGCUUGGUUUUAUGAGUAUGCAGGUCCUGAUGAAGUUGUAGGGCCAGAAGGAAUGGAAAAAUUUUGUGAAGACAUUGGUGUUGAACCUGAAAAUAUUAUUAUGUUAGUUUUAGCGUGGAAAUUGGAGGCUGAAAGCAUGGGAUUUUUUACCAAGGAAGAAUGGUUAAAGGGAAUGACUUCAUUACAGUGUGAUUGCACAGAAAAGUUACAGAACAAAUUUGAUUUUUUGCGCUCACAGCUGAAUGACAUUUCAUCAUUUAAGAAUAUAUACAGAUAUGCCUUUGAUUUUGCAAGGGAUAAAGAUCAGAGAAGCCUUGAUAUUGAUACUGCUAAAUCUAUGUUAGCUCUUCUGCUUGGUAGGACAUGGCCACUGUUUUCAGUAUUUUACCAGUACCUGGAGCAAUCAAAGUAUCGUGUUAUGAACAAAGAUCAGUGGUACAAUGUAUUAGAAUUCAGCAGAACAGUUCAUGCCGAUCUUAGUAACUACGAUGAAGACGGUGCUUGGCCCGUUCUUCUUGAUGAAUUUGUUGAGUGGCAAAAAGUUCGUCAAACAUCAUAGCAAGAACUAUUGUGAAGAAAAUGCAAACUUUUUGUUUCCCACAUGUAUACAAACUAAUGAAACGAGGGGGAAAAAUCCAAAGGGUGCAUUUUCAUUCAUAUGAAAGACUUCUCAUAGUACUUUUUUUUUUUUUUCCUUUUUUUUAAAGGAAGUUUCCUUGUUACAUGUGAGCGGCAUUGAGCCACACCUCUUCUGAGACUGAAUAUUGACAUUUUUGUUUCAAGUUAUGUUUUUAACAUUUAUUUCAGAACAAUAAAGAUUCAGAUUUGUGACAAAGGC